AACCAUGUAGGCCUAAAUGUGGUACUCAGCAUCUACACAAUCCAGUUAAAGUUUGUUUGUAAAAUUGUCUCUACAGUGGGAAUGAGAGAGUGAUUCCAUGUAGUUAUUUAAGCAAUCACCAGAGGAAGGAGGGAAAAGGCGCUGACAGGAGCCAGAGACACUUCAGGCCCGCACUCUUGUCAGAGUUGUCUAGACCAAAUAUUGGGAUAAAGUUAUCAACCGUUAUUUGAUUUCAAUUUUCUCCACGCACCUCGCCGAGGUCAUAAUAACAACUUUAUUUUCAGUGGUGCAUAAAUUAAUUACGCGCAUUUAAUAACUAAAAUAUCAUUAUAUUCCCCCUUUAAUAACAUAAACGCUGCACGCCAGGGAAACCCUUAAUAGCGCGGGGCCCUGUAACUGGCCAUUAUCCGCCUGUAAUGAUAUUACAGAACCAAUUACGCGCCAUUAGAAGGGAUUUUCUGCACUUUAUGUGGUUUAGUCCAAUCCCGCACUCCUCUUCUAAAUUUCAGCUGCUUCUCGAAGCCUCAUUUUGCUUCCACCUCAGAGACGCAUGGCGUCUGCGCUCUGCCGUCCCAGAUGCGCUUUAAAACUAAUUGAAAGGGUCCCGCAGCAGAUCAUUUAUCUGAGGAAGCGAAAUAAAUCGCAGGACCCCUUGCUGUGAACAAAAUCAAAAAUUUGGCCUUGUGAGUGUUCUACAUGCGCAACCCCUUGUAAAGUGGACCCCCUAACACACCCUGACGAGCAAUUAACCCACCCGACAGUCAAUCUAAAACCCAAAAGCAGUCAUCCUCCUUUUUUUAAUAUAUGAAAGAACCAAAUAAAAAGUGCAGCGGGUAUGUGUGCAUGUUUAUGGUUAGGGAAUAUGCUUGACUCUGGAAUAACAAUCACUUGUGAUGAAUUUUUUUGGCACCAGAGCAGAGCUGCCGUUUGCCACCCUGGGCAUGUCUCCCCUCUCGCUCUUUCUUUCUGUCUUUCUUUCUUUCUCCCUUCCUUUCUUUCUGUCUUUCCCUGACGCGCACACGCACGCACACCAGGGGUUGGGGGUGAGAGAGACAAAGCCGUGAUAAUCCGAUUAGGACCAAUUAGGCGUGAGAUUCUGCGACACUAGCUGAAAGCCUUAACACUCUGUAGACAGUUAUACAGUUAUAGAGACAUCUGGACACUCCCAGAGAGAAACAGAGGGAUAGAGAUGUGAGUGUGUGUGAGAGAGAAAGAGAGAGAGAGAGAGAGAGAGAGAGAGAGAGAUCUGGACACUCCCAGACAGAGAGUCAGUGGAAGUGCAGCAGCCACUUCUCUCCAGAGCGCGAACUCACUCACAUCAGCAUCCUCUCUGCAGGUUUCAGCUCCGCAGCUCUGAGACGCGCCAGCAUGUUCUACUUUCACUGUCCGCCUCAGCUGGACGGAGAGUGCUGUCGCUCCAACACAUUGAAUUCAGGCGGCUUUGGCAGCCACGCCCCGGCUGAUUUUGAUGAUGGAUUUCUACGUAGGAAACAACGCAGAAACAGAACCACAUUUACUUUGCAACAGCUGGAGGCUUUGGAGGCUGUGUUCGCCCAGACUCACUACCCGGAUGUGUUCACCCGAGAGGAGCUGGCCAUGAAGAUCAACCUGACCGAGGCCAGGGUGCAGGUUUGGUUUCAGAACCGCAGAGCAAAGUGGAGGAAGACGGAGCGAGGAAGCUCAGAUCCUGAAGGAGGCAAAGAGCAGAUGAGUGAGGGGACUCCUCCAUCUCGCAGCAUCAACUCUCAGUCUCCGGUGGACCCGGGCAGAAAACAGAAAGAACCACUGGAGAUGCAGCAAAGUAUCAACAGGACAGUGGGUCCGGGUGGUCCGUUCUUCCCUUCUUGUAUACCAGGCACACUCCUCAACUCUGCCACCUACGCCCAGGCCCUCUCACAGGUCGCCACACUGAAAGGUAACGGUUUGUGCUCCUGCUGUGUUUCUGACCCCAUGGGCUUGUCCUUCCUGCCACCCUAUGGUUGUCAGGGCAACCGCACAGCCAGCGUGGCCGCCCUGCGCAUGAAGGCCCGCGAGCAUUCGGAGGCCGUGCUGCAGUCCGCCAACCUGCUCGGUGCAGCGACCGGAUCCGGUGCCGGCGUGGGAGUCCUGUCUGGAGUCGGCGUGAGCGCGGCCGGGGUGGUGAGGCCCGCGGUGGGUCCCGCCAUCGAGGUGCCCGCCGUUGUCGGACGAGGGGGAGAUAGUCCCAGUUCGGCCGCCAAGGUCUCCAUUCUGGGCAGCAGCCCCGACAAACACCCUCACUGCUCCAAGGAACCAAUGGAGAAAAAGUGAGGCGCUGGACACAAACGUGGAUGUACUGAUACUCUAAAUCUGUGUGAUCGUGCCUGUUAUUUCCACUCUACACAGCUCGUAAUGGGCAACUAAGCACAACUACUGGCUGACUCCAGAAACAGCCGGGGACAGACUGAUAUCACAAUGUAUGGAUGCAAACAUUAAAAUAUUUAUUUGACAUGAAAUUAUCUUUGUGAGAAAUGCUCAGUAACUGGGGGCUUGUUACCCCCAUAAAAGCACAACUGUGGUUUUGGAUCUAUAUCUGUCUUCAUGCACUCUUGGACUCUAUUUGAUGGACUAACAUAGGUACAACGUGUGUGCAGCAAAGACGUAUUUGAUAAUGUGAAUUUAAGUAAUCCUGAUACAGCUCCUCUUGUUUUUAUAAAGAGGACAGAUGCUUACAUUGUGAAUGUUUCUGCAUGUAAACUGUAAGUGUAAAACUGGUGGCAGGACGGCGAGGAUUUUGGCAAUAUGAUGUUUUUGCCAUCAGGUCAGUAAUGGGCUCAAACAAUCGUCUCUCGUUCUAUUGAUUUUAAAGUGAAAGUGCACUUUAAUAUUAAUCAGCCAUUUUCAGUGUAAAUGUGUACAUGUGCCAGAAUACAGUAUGUCCACGUGUGAACCCCAGGCAGGCUGAAGCAGACUCAUUGACGGAGCGCCACUUGUCCCUUCCACUCUGUUAGCACAUCUGUAGCGCCAGCAGACAGGGAACACACCAGUCCUGUUGUGACAUGUUCUUUAAAACAAUUAAAGAUGUAGUCGCUCAUGUUCCUCUCCUGUUGCCUCUCGCUCCAGCCAUCUGUUCUGAUACAUUAUUUAUCAGCUUCCCUUAAAGCCGAGAGAGGAGAGCAAUCGUGACUCUUAUUAUUUAUUUACUUUUAGGAACGCUUGCCCUCUCUCCUCCCCUCUAUGAGUAUUUUUUAAUAAACCUCAUUAAAUGUGAUAUAUGCUAUUUAUUAAUGUUGAAUUUACAUUUUAAAAAACAUCAUCUCUCAUCACCUCAGGGCUCUUCACGAUGCAGUUUAUCACGGGCAAUAUAGUCGUUGAUUCAUUGUUCCUAAAGAUCUCUCCUCGCUAGAAUGACUCUUGAAUAAAGGAUCUGCUGAUCAGAUUGAGAAUACUUAACCGCAGAGCACACUACCAGUAGUUGGGCUGAUUCAAUUUGCGUCCUUGAGGAUUUUCAGGAAAUUACUUUUGAUAGUCAAUAACACAAUUAAGUAAACUACACACACAUUAUCAUGAAUAAUUGAUAAGAAAUUAUGUAUUACCAUGAAGUACUGGUUCAAUAAUUGAUGAGGCGACACCCUGGUGACACAGAAGAGGGAGAUAAUGUCAGAAGUCGUGCCAGGUUGUACACAGAGUACACAGCACUCACAUCCUCUUCCUUUUUUACACCAUUGUGUGCGCAUGUUGUAAAUAUCUUACAUCUAUACCAAUAAAGUGAUGCUUUUACGGA